CAAUUCUUUUGUAUUUUAAAAUUUGAUACUCAAAGGAUACUUCAACAUUUCUCCGUUUGAGAUCUGAUUCUCAAAUGAUACUUCAACAUUUGUCCCGAACUUCCCAUGAUUCUGAGUUUAUUUUUUAUGACAUGUUCCUUGAAAAUUUCCAUCGGUGCUGUUCACCCAAUCCAAUCGCAGUCUCCCUCACUUCUUUCUCACUGCUUUAUGCUUUAGUCAGAUCCAUUCGUUGAAAUCCUGUCGAUUGAUCGAAAAAUCUCUGACCUUUGUUGUCUAUUCGAUCGUUUUCUGGCGUCGGGACUUUGCCCUAUUCUUCAUCUUCAUUCAUAUUGUGCCCUCUUUUGAGUCUCUGCUUUGGAAUUUUUGGGGUUUAGAUGCUGUUUUGGUGAUCUUUAACCUGAAACGGAUGGCAGAGAGUUCGGAGAGGAAGAAUGGCAGCUUUGCUAAAAUGGGUUGGACAGAAUCCAGGUGGGUUUUCCAGUAUCAGGACGGAUCUGGGGAGAGUGGAGCACAGAGUCGCUUCGACACGGAGGAAGAGGAUGGCGAGGAGCACAAGCUGGUCCGUACAGAUCCCAUCAUUGAUCCUUUUGAUGUCGAGGCGCUUGAGGUCUCAGGAGCCGAAAGGCCUGACUACGAGGAAUUCAGUUUGGGUAGGAAUAUUAUACUUGCUAUUCAGACUCUUGGGGUGGUAUUUGGGGAUGUUGGAACUAGUCCUCUAUACACUUUUGAUGUUAUGUUUUAUAAAUAUCCUAUUUCUAAGAAGGAAGACGUUCUUGGAGCACUCUCUCUAGUUCUAUACACAUUGAUCAUGAUACCAUUGGUGAAAUAUGCCUUGAUUGUGCUGUGGGGCAAUGAUGAUGGGGAAGGGGGAACAUUUGCCUUGUAUUCAUUUAUAUGCAGAAAUGCAAAAGCCAAUCUUCUUCCAAAUCAGUUGCCUUCUGAUGCUCGAAUUUCAAGUUUCGGGUUGAAAGCUCCAUCACCAGAGCUCGAGAGGUCCCUAAAACUUAAGGAACAUCUUGAAACUUCUGUAUUAAUAAAAAAGCUACUGCUACUGCUGGUCCUCUUUGGUAUUUCUAUGGUGAUAGCAGGAGGAGUUAUCACACCCGCUAUGUCAAUUAUGUCGGCUGUAAAUGGACUCAAGUUUGGAAUUAACAGCGUUGAACAAGGUGAAGUUGUGAUUAUUACAGUUACAUCACUAGUAAUUUUAUUCAGUGUACAGAAGUUUGGAACAAGUAAAGUGGGGCUUGCAGUUGGGCCAACUUUGUUCAUAUGGUUUUGUUGUCUUGGAGGUGUUGGUGUGUACAACCUUAUUAAAUAUGGGUUGACAGCUUUUGUUGCCUUUAAUCCCAUUUACAUCUAUCAUUAUUUUAAGAGAAAUCCUACUCAAGCUUGGAUAUCACUUGGGGGUUGUCUUCUUUGUGCGACUGGUUCUGAAGCCAUGUUUGCAGACCUCUGUUAUUUCACAGUUAGAUCGGUUCAGGUAUAUUAUUAUGAAUCAUUUAUUAAGGCCUUUCUUCUCUGUAACUAUUGUCAUCUUAAAACUAGAAAUUCUGGAUUGCCUUCAAGUUUUUAUUAUUUUUAUGUAAAUUUGCAGCGGACCUUCUUUUUUCUGGUUCUGCCCUGCCUUCUGCUGGGUUACCUUGGCCAAGCUGCAGUUCUCUUGGAAAAUCCCACUCAGAAUGUGCACGUUUUCUUUUCAUCAAUUCCAAGAGGAGUUUUUUGGCCAGUUUUCAUUGUGGCCAUCCUAGCUGCAUUGAUUGCAAGCAGGACGAUGACGACCGCAACCUUUUCAUGCAUAAAGCAAGCCAUGGCUCUAGGUUGUUUUCCUCGCCUCAAAAUAAUACACACAUCCCGGAAGUUUAUGGGCCAGAUUUAUAUUCCUGUCAUAAACUGGUUUUUGCUAGUCUUUUCUCUGGGACUAGUUGCCAACUUUGGAAGUAUCAAUGAGAUUGGCAAUGCAUAUGGCAUUGCUGAACUUGGAAUUAUGAUGACUACUACCAUCCUUGUAACGAUUAUCAUGCUUCUCAUAUGGCAGAUCAAUAUUUUUCUUGUGUCAUGCUUUCUUAUUUUCUUCCUGGGUUCAGAAUUGGUUUUCUUCACUUCAGUGUUGGGUGGUGUGGGUGAUGGAAGCUGGGCGGUAUUAGUGUUUGCAUCAGUUGUAUUUAUGAUAAUGUUUAUAUGGAAUUAUGGAAGCAAGCUGAAAUAUGAAACUGAGGUCAAGCAGAAGUUGUCAAUGGAUUUAAUGCUAAAAUUAGGUUGCAAUCUUGGUACAAUUAGAGCCCCCGGUAUAGGAUUACUGUACAAUGAGUUGGUGAAAGGGAUCCCUGCAAUAUUUGGUCACUAUCUAACAACUCUUCCAGCUAUUCACUCUAUGAUUAUAUUUGUGUGCAUUAAGUAUGUUCCUAUCCCCAUAGUACCACAGAGUGAGAGGUUUCUUUUCCGACGAGUCUGCCCAAAGAGUUAUCACAUGUUCCGCUGCAUUGCUCGGUAUGGCUACAAAGAUGUGCGAAAGGAACACCACCAGAUUUUUGAGCAAAUCUUGAUUGCGAGCCUCGAAAAGUUUAUUCGUCGAGAAGCCCAGGAGCGCUCUCUAGAGAGUGACGACAACCGUGACUCAGAUUCUGAAGAACAAGAAGAAUCAUGUUCAAGAAUUCUCGUCGCUCCCAAUGGCAACUUAUAUUCUCUUGGCUUUCCUCUCCUAUCUGACUAUGACGGUCUCGAGAAGAAGGCGAGCUCAGAAGCAAGCACUUCAUCUGACAGAGCUCAAGAUGAUGCAUGGAAGAGCCUGGAGAGUGAGCUCUCAUUUAUACGCAAGGCAAAAGAGUCUGGGGUGGUUUAUCUUCUUGGACGUGGGGAUAUUAGAGCUAGGAAGGACUCCUGGUUCAUCAAAAAGCUGGUUAUAAAUUAUUUCUAUGCAUUUCUUAGGAGAAACUGCAGAAGAGGGAUUACAACAUUGAGUGUUCCUCAUUCAAACUUGAUGCGAGUGGGCAUGACUUAUAUGGUCUGAUAAAUGAAUCCAAAAACUUUCCCAUCUGUUUUUGACUUGCAGGAUUUACUAACCAUGUUCACAAGGCCGUAUUUGAUGCCUCGUAUAGUUUUUGUGUGAAUAUUCCAUAUUUUAUAGAAAAAAAAAUGGUCAGAAAAAGGAGGUAAAAAAUCAUUAUGGUGGAUGAAGGGAGAUCUAAAUCAUAAUAUAAAGAAAGCUAAUGUUGCUGAGAAAACAGUAUAUGAAGGUAAAGGAGAAACUUAGAAUAAGCUAGAAGACUGUUACUCUUAAUAUAUUUAGUUUUUUCUGAUCUAACACACUGCUUGUAUAGGCAAUUCGGUUGUAGCUAAUGGUGAGGAUGAGUUGGAAAAUUUGUUUGGGGUGUCAGCUGAGAUCCAUUUGUGUAGGCAAGUGGAGAACUUAUUUGUUAUUAUAAUAUAAAACCAUGUUGUUAAAACCGCCCCUCAAGUUGAUCGUCGAGACUCAUAAUGCUCAACUUGUUAUGUAGAUUGAUGUAGCGGGCUUUAAGAAAAGAUUUGGUGAAUAUAUUUGCAAUUUGUUUGAGGAAAAGUUGUACAUUGUGAUAGUUUUGAAGACACUUGAUCUCGAAUAAAGUGAUAGUUAAUUUCAAUGUGUUUAGUUCUUGCAUGAAAUAGAGGAUUGUUAGCUACAAAUGGUGGAAGUGUUGUCACAAUGGAGAGUAGGAUGAGUAAGGGGUUCAUCGAUAGAAACAUUGGCACUUAUACACCAAGUACGUGCACAUAAGCUCUAGGAGCAAUUGGCACAUGAACUUUUUUGGUUUUAAUCCUGAUUUCAAGUGACGUAAGAUGGCUUGGAGAUUCUUAUUGCGUGUUCUUCGACAAGCAUCCCAGUGAAGGUGAGAAGGGUCGAAGAGGUGGAUUUCGGUGAUUAACGUGAUUUUUGUGUCGAAUCGGAGAUGGAAGAUUGUGGAGCGAAUGUGAGUUCUUU